AUGAACGUCGCCCCGGCUUAUCCGGGUUUCCCGGAAUACGCGGGUUACUCCGACGGCACCACCUCAGCCGCCGCCGCGACCGUCACUGCGGCGAAUGGCCUGGCUGACGAUGAAAAACCCUCUCCGAAGAGGCACCGGCCCACCGUCUUAACCGGAUUGAGGGCCGUAUUUGAACCAUCCAUGAACCGGUUGUCGAUGAAGAUUUACGGCAGUGAGAAGGCCGUGCUCAAGGAACGACUCAGGCAACGAGCCCUGGGUGCUUGGAUCAUCCACCCCUGUUCCAAGUUCAGAAAUAUCUCUUGGUUCGUAACCGGUUUUGACUCGUACAUAAAAGGCUGUUUCAACAAAGUCGGAUUGGCCACCUGCAGUUAG